AUGAAUUUCAAAUGGCAUUCACUAACUUACAAGUUACGUCAACAAGAGAUUUUCUUCUUACUUGAAAGACAAAAUCUAUUCAUCGAACCUCAAAGAAAAUCUAAGAAUAGAAAAACAAAUAUCGAUCCGGAAAAUAAAGUGAGCGAGCGCACAACAUCGAGAAUUUCUGGUUUUUCAGUGUCGAGGCCUAUGCCAAGGUUCCUGAAACGUAAAACUGCAGAAAAUUCUGAUUCACCAACACAAACAUUUACAAGAGGAAUUCAAUGUUAA